CAAGUCCUGACAGACAUGUGGAAGGAACGGAAAUACUUCGACUCUGGUGAUUACGCUCUUUCUGCGGCCAACCGGGCGACUGAUAACAGUGCUAUCCAAACCGGCACAGCUCGUCCUCUGCGGAAGAGAAUUUCACACCCCUAUGACUCAGUCCUCAACACUAGCAAUGCCAAUAACGAUGCCAACAAGGACCUUCUUAUCGAAAGAAACCUGGGUCCAGAAAUGACAGAUAGUCCUCUGCAUUGGCGAACCAAUAUGGGAGAUGGAAAACCCCGGAAGUGGCAAGGAACAGAAUUAAAACAUCAGCAAUGA